ACCACAGAAUACAAAGCAUACUGCCUUGGUACAUGGCAGAUGACCUCUAUAUUGAUUAGAUGAUUUUUUUAAUGAAAAGAAAUUUGGGGCUAUUUAGCUUCUGUGCCUCUCUCUAAUUCUCAAGUCUCUGUAUAUGAGUUUGAGUUGUGAAAAGAGUAGACAGAAAGAAAGAUCAUAGAAAUGAAGAAAGUCAUAGCAGCCAGAAGCCGAAAACGUAAACAAGAUCGCUCUCGCGCACAAGAAGAAGUUUCUGAUGAUGAACAUGUAACAGUCAAAGCCUCAGGUAAGAAAGGUUCUUAUGCACAAGAUAAGUCAUUCAGUUUCUUCCUUUCAGACCCAGACGUCCUUGAUUGCCCCAUUUGCUUUAAUCCUUUCACCACUCCAGUCUAUCAGUGUGAAAAUGGUCAUGUUGCUUGCUCUGUUUGCUGCUCGCGCAUUCUUGAGAAAAAGUGUGCCUCGUGCUCCUUGCCAAUAGGUUCCAUUCGUAGCAGAGCCUUGGAGAAAGUUCUGGAAUCUAUUCAAGUUCCAUGCACUAAUGCCGAAUACGGUUGCACGGAAACACUGCGUUACAGUGACAAGUCUGGCCAUGAAUCCCAAUGCAACUUUGUCCCAUGCUCUUGUCCACACUCAGAUUGUGACUUCGUUUCAUCAUUCUCGGAUCUACCCGCCCACUAUAGAACUGAGCAUGGUUCCUCUGCCAGCGCCGGAGUGAGGUUUUUGUACGAUAAGCCUUUCAAGGUCACACUGGAUUCUGAUGAUGACGUCACUAUACUUCAAGAAGUGAAUGGUGGAAAGUUGUUCAUAGUCCAGAAUUUUGUGGCGGGUCUUGGAAAUGCUGUCAGUGUUUUCUGCAUUCAGCCAGAGUUAUUGCCUAACUAUCGGUGCCAAAUUUCGGCCAAGUCAAAUGGAUGCAGUCUAGUGAUGAAUUCUUUUACAAAAAACACUCAAAACUCUGCUAUGGCUACUAUUCUUUCAUCAAGGUUUCUGGUCAUUCCAACUGAUUAUUUUGGUGCCGGUCAACCUCGCAAUUUAGAAAUUAGCAUAUUUAGGUCAUAUGAAUAGAAGAUGUUUUGGUGCUACUCAGCCUUUUAUGUUUUUUUGUUUAUUGCAUUGAGAAUGAUGAGACUUUGAAUGGAGAUAUUAUAUCCAAUGUACAUUAUCUAAUCAGAUAAUGAGAA